AUGUUUGGAGCUCCAGCCACCAUUUUGGAACAGGAAAAUGAGAACCAUACCACACCCCAGGGUGGCAGAGCACUUGUGCAGGGAGGAGGGAUACAGACAGACAAAGGCACAGAUCCACCAGACAAGAAGGACAUGAAGCCCUCUACGGCCACCAAUCCAGAGAAUGGUCUCUCCCAGAUCCUGAGGCUUGUGCUACAAGAGCUGAAUCUGUUCUAUAGCCGAGAUGUGAAUGGAGUGUGUCUCUUGUACGAUCUUCUCCAUUCGCCGUGGCUGCAGGCUCUGCUGAAGGUUUAUGAUUGUCUCCAGGAAUUUAAAGAAAAGAAACUUGUUCCUGCCACAACUCAUGCACAGACGUUAUCCUAUGAGGUAGUGGGGAUAUUACGUGAAACUCCUAAAUCCCCUGAGACCCAAGAACUGAGACAAAUCCUCCAGGCUCCACAUUUUAAGGCCUUGCUCAGUGCCCAUGACACCGUGGCUCAGAAAGAUUUUGAGCCCCUUCUCCCCCCAUUGCCAGACAACAUCCCUGACAGUGAGGAAGCAAUGAGGAUUGUUUGUUUGGUGAAAAACCAACAGCCCCUGGGAGCUACCAUCAAGCGCCACGAGAUGACAGGGGAUAUCCUGGUGGCCAGAGUCAUCCACGGAGGGCUGGCCGAGAGAAGUGGGCUGUUAUAUGCUGGAGACAAACUGGUGGAAGUGAAUGGAGUUUCAGUUGAGGGACUGGACCCUGAGCAAGUGAUCCAUAUUCUGGUAUAUGUUCGUGCCAUGACCGAGUACUGGCCCCAGGAGGAUCCUACUAUCCCCUGCAUGGAUGCAGGGUUGCCUUUUCAGAAAGGGGACAUCCUGCAGAUUGUGGACCAGAACGAUGCCCUCUGGUGGCAGGCCCGGAAAAUCUCAGACCUUGGUACCUGUGCUGGUCUAAUUCCUUCUAACCACCUUUUGAAGAGGAAGCAGCGGGAGUUCUGGUGGUCUCAGCCAUACCAGCCUCACACCCACCUCAAAUCCACCAUAUCAAUUUCUAUGGAAGAAGAAGAUGACAUGAAGAUUGAUGAGAAGUGUGUGGAAGCAGAUGAAGAAACAUUUGAAUCUGAGGAGCUUUCAGAAGACAAGGAGGAAUUUGUUGGCUGUGAUCAGAAGUUCUUUAUUGCUGGCUUCCGCCGGAGCAUGCGCCUUUGCCGCCGGAAGUCUCACCUGCGCCAGCAGCACGCGGGGGUCUGCAGUGCCAGCGGCUGUCUGAGCGCGUCAGGCGCCCCCUACGAGGAGGUGGUCAGGUACCAGCGACGCCCUUCAGACAAGCACCGCCUCAUAGUGCUCGUGGGACCUUCGGGCGUUGGAGUAAAUGAACUGAGAAGACAACUUAUUGAACGUAAUCCUAGCCAUUUCCAAAGUGCUGUGCCACAUACUACUCGUUCCAAAAAGAGUUAUGAAAUGGAUGGACGUGAGUAUCAUUACGUGUCAAAGGAAACAUUUGAAAGCCUCAUGUAUGGUCACAGGAUGCUCGAGUAUGGUGAAUACAAAGGCCACCUGUAUGGCACCAGCGUGGAUGCUGUUCAAGCAGUCCUUGAUGAAGGAAAGAUCUGUGUCAUGGACUUAGAGCCUCAGGGUAUUCAAAUAGCUCGAACCCAUGAACUAAAGCCCUAUGUCAUAUUUAUAAAGCCAUCUAACAUGAGUUGUAUGAAGCAAUCUCGGAAAAAUGCCAAGAUCAUUACAGACUACUUUGUGGACAUGAAGUUCAAGGAUGAAGAUCUACAAGAGAUGGAGGAUUUAGCCCAAAAGAUGGAGACACAGUUUGGCCAGUUUUUUGAUCAUGUGAUUGUGAAUGACAACUUGCAAGAUGCCUGUGCCCAAUUGUUGUCUGCAGUUCAGAAGGCUCAGGAGGAGCCUCAGUGGGUACCAGCAACAUGGGUUUCCUCUGACACUGAGUCUUAAUGAGGCUUCCUGCUUAAUGCUGGGGUUUUAACAAUAUUCAUCUGUUACAGAGCUCUGGAAUAACAGCUGCAAUCUAAAACAGCAGGAUUUGCUCCAUUAUAAUGUGUACAACUUUAAAAGUGGUGCAGUUUAUUAAUUAGUCCGGUUUGAAAAAAAAUAUUUGCAUUGUAUGUAUGUAGAAUUACCUCCUUGGCUUUCAGGAAAAAAUGUUUUCCUUUACCUCAUAUGCAGCAAUGGUAGGAGUAUGAACAAUGUUAAGCCAGUGAGUAUGAGAACCUUUCAUAGAUUUCAUGUGGUUUUUGUACAAUUCAGAUAAAAGAGCUUCCCUAAAUAAAAUAAGUAGUAUUUAAUUUCAGAAACUGGA